GCUCACAGUUUUUCUUCACGGCUCUUGGGUGCCCCACACCAGGGGCCCCUCUUUCCCAAAAUCCAGAUGAAGUUUCUCUUACUAAUCAGUCUUUAUCUGCUUAGAUCUGCCAGAGAUGGUGAGGCUUUAUAUGAGACUUCUUCAAGCGGGAACACUUUAAGUGAGCAUGCUUCAGGCGACCACACUUCGAUUGAACACUCUUCAAGUGAGCACGCUUCGGGUGAGCACGCUUUGGGUGAGCACGCUGCAGGUGAGCAUGCUACAGGUGAGCACGCUGCAGGUGAACGCGCUGCAGGUGAACGUGCUUCGGAUGAACAUGCUUCGGGUGAGCAUGAUGCAGUUGAACACGCUGCAGUUGAACAUGCUUCAGGUGAACAUGCUGCCAGUGAGCACGCUUCUGGUGAACAACCUUCAGGUGAACAGCCUUCCAGUGAAAAGUCUUCAGGUGAACAGGCUUCAGCUGAACAGGCUACAGGUGAACAGACCUCAGGUGAAAAGCCAAUGGGUGAACAGCCUUCAGACAGUCCAACUUCCAGCACAUUUUCAGGCCCUGUUUUAAAUUGCCACACAUGCUCUUUUAUGAAUGAUCAAGGAAAAUGCCUUCGUGGAGAGGGAGUCUGCUCCACUCAGAACUCCCAGCAGUGCAUGUUAAAGAAGAUCUUUGAAGGUGGAAAACUCCAAUUCAUGGUUCAGGGGUGUGAGAAUAUGUGCCCAUCUAUGAACCUCUUCUCCCACGGAACCAGGAUGCAAAUUACAUGCUGUCGGAAUGAGUCUUUCUGCAACAAGAUCUAGAAGCCUGUGCCCUUUCCUCCUGCUCUGACUCAGGCAGCAAAAAUCCUCCAUCACCCUACGGGGCUCAAUUUAUAUUUAGUUUUUUCCCCAGUCAACAACUAAUCACAUCUGCCUCUGCCUGAGUGUCAGACAGAAUGCUCAAAUAUCUUAUCCUUCCUCUCCUAUCCAUGCCCUGUUACACAUUCUUUUCUGUCCUCUGUCUUCCCUAUUUCCCAAACCCAUCUCUCAUCAUUCUUUUCUUUUUC